AUGGCAUCCGAUGGAAAGAUAGACGUUCUUCUCUAUGGCUUGGGGGCUAUCGGCUCUUUCUACGCUUUUAUCCUAAGCCGCAAUCCAAAUGUCAGACUGAGCGUCGUCGCGCGAUCAAAUUAUGAUGCCGUCAAAGCCAAUGGCUUGAUUAUGGACUCUCAAAACCACGGCAAACACACCGUCAUUCCCGAGAAAGUGCUCAAGACCCCCGCCGAAGCCGGUCAGACUUAUGACUACAUCGUCUGUGCCCACAAGGCUAUUGAUCAAGAUGCAGCCGUCAAGGCGAUUGCUCCCGCCGUUGAUGAGGACAAGUCCACGAUCGUUAUUAUCCAGAACGGUGUCGGAAAUGAAGAACCAUUCAGAAAUGAGUGGCCCAAAGCUACUAUCAUCACCUGUGUCACAUGGACAGGCGCAACCCAAACCUCCCCCGGUUACGUCAACCACACCAAAAGCGAAGACAUGCAAAUCGGCCUAUUCCCAUCACCCUUAUCCCCUUCCUCAACGGAGCAAACCCGUCUCUCAACAUUCUCAACCCUUUUAACUACCGGCGGCACAAAAUUCACAGUUUUAGAAGACAUGCCCCUCCAACGCUGGGAGAAGGUUGUAUGGAACGCGGCUUGGAAUUCAUUGACUUCUGCUACGCUGCUCGAUACGCAUAGCUGGCUGACAUCCAGCCCUGAGGCGAUGCCCAUGACUAGAAGGUUAAUGAGUGAAGUCAUUGACGUUGGAAGGGCAUGCGGCGUUAGCACUCUCGAGCAUUCGCUAAUCGAUCGACUAAUUGAGAAGAUUCUUGCGAUGCCGCCUAUCGGAUCAAGUAUGAGGACGGAUACCGUCGCGGGCCGCCCCUUGGAAGUAGACGUCAUUUUGGGAUAUCCGUACAAAAAGUCCAAGGAGUUGAAGUUGAAUACGCCAACACUUGACGCGAUUUAUGCCGUUGUGAUGGGAGUGGAUUAUAGAUUGAGAAAUGGCGUGAAGAUUUAG